AUGCUGCCGUACCUGUUCCCUGAGCUGUCCACCUUUGCUACAGUCGCCGAUCUUAUCACUCACCUUCGCACUAGUGAUGCUCGCCUGCGUGCCGCCCUUCCCACCGAGUUCUGCGCUAAGAAUCCCCCUCCACUGUACUGGACACUCCACUUCAUAGUCACCCGUCUCCCUGACACCCUCAGCUCAGUUCGAGACCACUUCCUUGCUCGCUGUCCCACUGAGCUCACAGUCGCCCUCCUAGAGGAGCAGCUGCUAGCGGCCGAAAAGAGCAUUGUCGCUGUCGGUGCUGCUCGUGGCGCUCCUCGCACCCCCAUCUUUGAGGGGUGUUCUCCCUCUCCCCUCGCUCCCUCCUACGCUACUGCUGCUGCUGUUGACUUCCUUGGUGCUGAGUCUGCUGGCGCUGCUUCUGCUCCUGGUGGGAGGCGCCGCACCGGCAAGGGCAAGGGGGGCAAGGGUGGCGGGGGUGGCGCUGGGGGGGGAGGAGGUGGGGGAGGUGGGGGGGGAGGCGGUGCUGGAGGGAGCGGUGGCGGGAGCGCUGGUGGGAGUGGGGUCGGCGGUGGAGGCGGGGGCGGCGGAGGAAGCAGUGGCAGUAGUGGCGGCGGCGGCGGUGGCGGCGGUGGCGGUGGUGGCGGUGGUGGCGGUGGCGGUCGGAGCGGUGGUAGUGGUGGCGGCGGAGGUCGGAGUGGAGGCACUGGCUCGGGCCAGAGCUCCCAGCAGCAGCAGCGUCCCCAGACGACCCAACAGCUUCGUGAGUGGCUUGCUCAGCGUGGGACGUCGGGGGGCAGUGGCCGCUGUUCCUAUGUCAUUCGCACAGGUGACCGCAAGGGACAGACGUGUGGGAGCUCAUGA